GCAGUGGCGCGCACGGCCGGAGCACACGCUCCAGGCGAGGGGAAUCAUAGCCGGGAAGACGGGAGCCUGCACAGCGCCGCUCUCCCUGCCGCCGGGGAGGAGGCACGCUUCGCGCUGCUGCUCGCCACGCUGGAAACAUUUACACUGACCGUACUAUGCCUCGGCUCUGUUCGGCGUGCCAGCCCUGGGUGCGAGCGGAGGCUGAAGACGCCACAGUGGGGUUCCAGCUGGUUGAUUAAUGAGAAAAAUAAUGUAUUUUGGUGGUACAUGCCAGAGUCCUGCUCUCCCCUCCCUGGGCCGACCACCAGCCCCUCCUUUGCAGCCAUCAUUGGAUAUUAAGCCCUUUCUUCCCUUUCCUAUUGACACUGCAGCAGCAGUCAACCUGUUUCCCAAUUUUAACGCAAUGGAUCCUAUUCAGAAAGCUGUAAUAAACCAUACAUUCGGAGUUCCUCUUCCUCAUCGGAGAAAGCAAAUCAUCUCAUGCAACAUUUGCCAGUUGAGAUUUAAUUCUGAUAGCCAGGCUGCGGCCCAUUACAAAGGCACGAAACAUGCCAAGAAGCUCAAAGCACUGGAAGCCAUGAAAAAUAAACAGAAAUCUGUCACUGCCAAGGACAGCGCAAAGACUACCUUCACCUCCAUCACUACCAAUCCCAUCACCACCAGCUCUGACAAAACAGAGAGUACCACAGUGACACCAGUAAUAUCAACAACAAGUGUCCAAAUGCAGAAGAUCAGUUCAGGAGCAACUGAGAUCACCUCUAAAGUAGAAAAAAGCCCCACAGCAGCAGCAGCCGCUGGCAACAAUUCACAUCCUUCCACAGAGACUGAGGAAGAAAAGGCAAAGAGGUUGCUUUAUUGUUCGCUAUGCAAGGUGGCUGUGAACUCUGCCUCACAGCUGGAGGCUCAUAACAGUGGUACUAAGCACAAAACCAUGCUAGAAGCACGCAGUGGAAGUGGAACUAUCAAGGCCUUUCCUCGGUCCGGAAUGAAGGGCAAAGGACCAGUUAAUAAGGGAAACACAGGGCUCCAAAACAAAACAUUUCACUGUGAAAUAUGUGAUGUGCAUGUCAACUCAGAAACACAACUCAAACAGCACAUUAGCAGUAGAAGGCACAAAGACCGAGCUGCUGGGAAGCCCCCCAAACCUAAAUACAGCCCCUACAACAAACUGCAGAAGGCAGCACAUCCACUGGGGGUAAAAUUAGUAUUUUCAAAAGAAUCCUCAAAACCACUGGCUCCCAGAAUUCUCUCAAACCCACUAGCAGCUGCAGCAGCUGCAGCUGCUGUGGCAGUGAAUUCCCCCUUCAGUCUUCGAACUACCCCAGCAGCCACCCUCUUCCAGACCUCUGCACUUCCUCCAGCCCUUCUGAGGCCAGCUCCUGGACCCAUUCGGACCACCCACACUCCUGUGCUCUUUGCUCCAUACUGAAUUCUAAACAGGAGGUGUUGUACUGCAAUAAUUUAAAAAAAAAGAGAGAGAGAGAAACUAUAAUCAAAGAAAAGAGAACUAUGCAGUGUUUAUUUAUAGUUUAAAAUGUGUCUGAAGAGCCAGGACUUUUGAUAGUAAAAUGAAAAGAUUAUUAAAAAAAAAAAAAAAAGCAUAGGGGUCAGGCUAGGGGGAGGGGAGGGAAGGAGUGCCAUUUUCUCCAAAUUAAAGCAUUCUUCUUGAACACUGUUUUAGAAGUUAUUUCCAGCACUGACUAAUAGUGGUAUCUAGAACUUCCAGAGUUUUUGUGAAGGUGCUUUUUGAGCACUGUUUCCCCUGCAUUGUCUUUCCUGCUUUCUGAAACAAUUGUACAUUGUUUAAGGGCAUUAACUGGUUCCAAUGUAUAUACAAUAAUUUACUCUGUAGAUUAUAAUAAUAUAUAAAAGGAAAAACAACAAAACAAAAGAAACACUGUGAAUAGUCAUGCCCUUUCUGGUCCUCUGGCUAUGACAGCAGUUAUUGGGUAUGUAUCCAAACAAAAGUAGAUACAAUAGAUGUCUUGUCAAACAAUAGUGCUGUGUCUCAAUCUAUGCCAUUAGGUUUUAAUGAAUUGCAAAAAGGUAGAAUGAACAGCUAUUCCAUAUCUAUAAUAUGUAAAAACAAACACCAGAUGGUAUCUUGGAAGCCUCCAUGAUCAGCACCCCUCUCUUGUAUGCUUAGAAGUGGAACAGCACCUGAAAGUCAUUUCAUCGGUAAAUACUAGUUUCCUACCUGGAAACAGGCAUUGCUGGAGCUAGUGAAGUGUUCAGAACGGCAAUGUAUCUGAAAACUGAUCAACUCAUGUGCAUGGGCAAAAAAUAAGAAAUGAAUAUAACUGUUUUAUUCUAAACAUGAGGAGCCUUCAAAAUCUAAGAUGAUGAUGUGAAAUGAACACAGGUCUUCAAAAGCAGAGAAACUAGUCAUUUGCAACAUCCCUUUAUGUCACUCCAGUAGUCCAUAUCACAGUGUUUUGCUUUAAAAAUGAAUGUAUGAAGACAGACAUAAGCAUGAGCUAUGGCUGUGUUUAUUAUUAUUUUUUCCUACUGACUUGACAUAAAUCUCUAACAAACUUUUAAUUGUUAGUACUUUCAAGAAAAAUUAAUCUGAGUUCACUGCACACUAAUGAUAUGGCAUAAACAAAGUGUAUUAGCAAGGUCCCCUAGACCAUUAUUUCUCCAGUGGCAUUGUAAAAUAAGAAUGGGCUUUGAUAUUUACCACAAAGCUGAAAGGAAAUGACAUUUUAUCUUUAAAAAAGAUUUA